AUGGCGUCAUUCCUAAGCCAAGCGUCAUCCUACUUUGGUCGCACCAACAUCUCUGUCAACUACACGAUUGACGAGUCGCAAUCUCCAGCGCACUGUGGGCUGUGGAAGAUCUACAAAGCUACUCGCAAUGCCUCCUCCUCGACCGCGACUGGGAGCGCAUCUGGGUCUGGUCCAGCCUCUGCGUCGAAAAACACGGUUUCGAUAUGGAUGCAUUCCUUUUCGACGCGCGGGCAAGUUCGACAGCGCAUCACGGAACAGCUGAAAAAGGAAGCAUCUUCACUGACACGCCUGCGUCAUCCGUGUAUCCUCGAGGUAGUCGAGCCAUUGGAAGAGUCGCGCAACGAUGUGGCAUUUGCUACGGAGCAGGUGUUUGCUUCGUUAUCGGAAGCGCUCAUAUCAGAUCACCGACAAGACGUGCAAUUGGACGAGGUAGAGAUCCAGAAAGGUCUCUUGCAAGUCGCUAGAGGAUUGGAGUUCCUACAUACCGCCAAGAUGGUGCAUCAGAACCUAUCGCCCGAGUCCAUCAUGAUCAACGCAAAGGGUGAUUGGAAGUUGGCGGGAUUUUCUUUCCUCACACCACUCGAGCUUGCCGGUGGAGGUGGUCAGACGCCAUGGACAUUCCCAGACUACGAUCCCAGUUUGCCACCAGCUAUGAGCAGGAACUUCGACUACAUGGCACCCGAGUACGCGCUCGACGAAAAGCUAGCUCCUGAAAACGACAUGUACAGCUUGGGUUGCGUCGUCUACGCCGUCCACAACAAGGGCAGUGCUCCGUUCCGAAAUCGUAAUUCGCUACCCAACCUCAGGAGUAAUGCCGAUCAGCUGAGUACAGUCAUCGGUAGCCAAAGCUGGUCGCGUAUGGGCAGGGACGUGCUCGAUCUGAUGUCUAACUUACUCACCCGGUAUCCUGGCGCAAGGCUGUCAGCGGCGUCGUUUCAGCAAUCAGGCUACUUCAACUCGAUCCUCGUCUCGACGCUCAAAUUCAUGGAACGCGACAGCUUUGCAGGACGCACAAAGGAAGAGAGAGUGCAGUACCUCAAAGGUCUGCUCAAAAUCCUACCGCAAUUCUCGGAUCGAUUGCUGCGUCGAAAAGUGCUGCCUGCGGUGUUGGAGCUGAUGACGGACCGAUCGCUGUUGCCGUUUAUCUUGCCCAACGUGUUUCACAUCAGCAAGAACCUGUCUUCGCUCGAAUUUACGAAUUCAGUGUUACCCAAACUCGAGCCGUUGUUCUCGGUGCAGGAUCCGCCACAAAACAUGCUCUUAUUGCUCGAUCAGAUCGAGCCAUUGUUCGUACCCAAGGUUGCACCUACUACGUUCCGCGAGCAAGUGACACCGCUGCUAUACGCCGCGCUCGAGGCAGAAAACGUCAUGGUGCAAGAAAAGGCGUUGCGUACCGUGCCGCGUUUGGCAGAGAUCCUCGAGUAUGCCCACGUCAAAGAAGUGCUCUUCCCGAAACUCGCCUCUCUGUUCGCCAAGACGAAGGUGCUCAGUGUCAAAGUCAACUGUCUCAUCUGCUUCCACGCCAUGGUGUCUAUCCUGGACAAGUACACUUUGACCGAAAAGCUGGUCCCCAUCUUGGCCAGGAUUAAAACCAAGGAACCCAGCGUCAUGGUCGCUACGCUAGCCGUGCACGAGAGCAUGGCGUCCAAAGUGGACAGGGAGACGUUGGCCACCGCGAUUAUCCCGCAGCUGUGGGUGAUGAGCAUGGGCCCCAUGUUGAACGCAGAGCAGUUUGGCAGGUUCAUGAAGGCUGUCAAGGAAAUGAGUGCGAGGGUCGAGAAGGAGCACACGGCGCACUUGCGUGAUGUUAAACGCAUGCAGGAUCAUACAGAUUCAUACACCGGUGAAGGCGGUAACAGAAUGGGCGCGGGAGGAUCGGGAGGCGGUGUGACGGCGAUCGGUGCAGGAGGAGAGAUCGACUUUGCCACGCUGGUGGGGCAGACAAAGACUGCCGGAGGAGGCGAAAAGAAGGUGGUCGAUGAUCCGUUUGGCUUGGCCGACGAAUUUGCUGCACUUGGCACAGCCGGUGCAGUCGCAGGCACGCCAAGCUUGGCGGUGGCCAGCGACAUUUCGCCAGCAGUGUCCAAUGUUCACACCCCCAUCGGAGGGUUGACACCGACGCAUACGGGCAAGUCUGGAAGCACACUGCCCUCGGCAUCGUCUUUGGCCAAGACCAAUGGCUCGUCGACACGCCUCAGCAGCAGCACAAUAGCAACACCACCCUCGUUGGCUCCGCCACCCUCGUACACGCGCCCAACGACGCUCAGCACAAGCUCUUUGACCACAUCCAUCAACCCGAUCUCUCCAGCGACCACCCCAAUAGCCGCACCGAGUUGGUCCACCGUUCUGCAACCGUCUACCUCGUCUUUUUCGACCUUGUCCGCCCCUGCACUGUCAUCUGCGAACCCAACCGGAGGACCCAACUACAACAUCUCGCUUCCACCUGCAACCGGAUCCAACUGGAACACCACCAUGACGCGCACGAGCGCGUCCUCGUUUGGCGCCCCGCCUGCUAUCGAAGCUGCCCCGACGAUGAUGGCGCCCACGUCCGGCAAACCGGCUCCAAGUGGCGCUCCAGGUUGGGGCGGGAGCGUUCUGCAGCCCAACAAGCCGGUGACUUCAGGCGGUGGCGGCUCGAAAUCGCAGAGCACAGACGCUUGGAAGGACUUUGAUCCUUUUGCAUGA